UGGUGGCAGGAAGUGGUCAUAUUAAUGGCUCCGCCUCCGGCAGACAUAUUGCUGAACUUACUGGAGCAAAUUCUUGAACAUAAGCAGGAAAAAGGGCGCUGAAAGUUGUCAACAGUUCGAAUUCGCACCAUCAUACGCCUGAACCACAUGGAGAACCCAAUGGAGCCGUCCACCAGUCCGGCGAAGGAUAACAACUACCGGAUGAACCGCUACAAGAACAAAGCUCUGAACCCUGAGGAGAUGCGACGCAGGAGAGAGGAAGAGGGCAUCCAGCUCAGGAAACAAAAACGAGAGCAACAGCUUUGCAAACGAAGGAACGUGGACGUCCUCACUGAAGAGGAAGCCAUGCUGGAGAGUCCUCUUGUGGAAUCGCAACUUGGCUUACCAGUCACGGAAGGAGUCAUCACCAGAGAGAUGGUUGAGAUGCUGUUCUCAGAAGACCCCGAGCUUCAACUCGCCAUCACGCAAAAGUUCAGGAAACUUCUCUCCAAAGAGCCCCACCCGCCUAUAGAUGAGGUCAUAAGCACAAGCGGUGUCGUGGAGAGAUUCGUGGAGUUCCUUAAGAUGAGCAGCAACUGCACACUACAGUUCGAAGCCGCUUGGGCUCUGACCAACAUCGCGUCGGGCACGUCCAUGCAGACCAAGGUUGUGAUUGAAGCUGGAGCUGUGCCCAUCUUUAUUCAGCUUCUUAAUUCGGACUUUGAGGAUGUGCAGGAGCAGGCUGUGUGGGCUCUGGGGAAUAUUGCAGGAGACAGUGCCUUGUGCAGGGACUAUGUGCUGAACUGCAACAUCCUUCCUCCACUAUUGACGCUCCUGACUAAGUCCACUCGACUGACCAUGAUCAGGAAUGCUGUGUGGGCCCUGUCGAAUCUCUGCAGAGGAAAAAACCCUCCACCCUCCUUUGAAAAGGUGUCGCCUUGUCUCCCGGUACUCUCCAGACUUCUAUUUAGCAGCGACUCAGACCUACUGGCAGACGCCUGCUGGGCUCUGUCCUACCUCUCCGACGGAUCCAACGACAAAAUCCAGGCAGUAAUUGACUCCGGAGUCUGCAGGCGUCUCAUCGAGCUGCUCAUGCACACAGACUACAAGGUCGUCUCUCCUGCCUUGAGAGCUGUGGGGAACAUCGUGACAGGAGAUGACAUCCAGACGCAGGUGGUGUUGAACUGCUCCGCCCUGCCUUGUCUUCUACACCUACUGAGCAGUGCCAAAGAGUCCAUUCGCAAAGAAGCCUGCUGGACAAUCUCCAACAUCACGGCGGGAAACCGAGCGCAGAUACAGACGGUUAUCGAUGCAAACAUCUUCCCAGUGCUGAUUGAAAUUCUACAAAAAGCAGAUUUCAGGACCAGGAAAGAGGCCGCCUGGGCCAUCUCCAAUGCCACCUCUGGAGGAACGGCAGAACAGAUCAGAUAUCUGGUGAACCUGGGCUGCAUCAAGCCGCUGUGCGAUCUUCUCACGGUGAUGGACUCCAAGAUCGUCCAAGUGGCCCUCAAUGGCCUGGAGAACAUCCUUCGGCUGGGCGAACAGGAAGCCAAAGAGGAGAACCACGGCACGGGCAUCAAUCCGUACUGCAGCCUCAUCGAAGAAGCUUACGGUCUGGACAAGAUUGAGUUCCUCCAGAGUCACGAGAAUCAGGAGAUCUACCAAAAGGCCUUCAACCUGAUCGAGCACUACUUUGGGGUGGAGGACGAGGACAGCAGCCUGGCCCCACAAGUGGACCAGGACAACCAGCAGUUCCUCUUCCCCCAGCAGGAGGCACCAAUGGAGGGCUUCCAACUAUAAGACUAAGGUUUAUACUCUUCCAUUGGAUUGGGGUGAAGUGUGGGGAGGGAGGGGGGGGGGGCGUUCUUGACUUCAUACCCUUGUUCUCUGUCACCGGGUCAUACGCCUUUCUGCCACUCGCUGUGGGGGUCCCUCCAUGGCCUUCUUGAUUAUUUGGAAACUUUGUCAUUUUCAUUUUCAAGAUUUGGGGACAAAGCCCCCUACCCCCUUGAUGUUAGCCUGACAUCCUGACAGUGCAGUUAAACCUGAACAAAUAUACUUUCCCUUUACCCCCCCCCCCCCC